AUGAAUGCCUUUCAUUCUAUUCCCAACAUUCUCCCAAUUGUUCCUAUAAAAAACAUAGUUUUACUUCCCGGCCUUAUCCUUCGUUUUCAUACUUCUCAAAAAGAUACAGUACAACUUUUACAAAAGAUUUACAAAGCAGUCGACAGCAAAGAAACCAAAUACAUAGUUGGCUGUGUUCCAUUUCCCCGUUCCACUUCAACUACAAAUAAAAAUUCAAUAGCUUCUACUGCUCCUCUAACACAUCCUGGGAGCAAACCUUCUUCACCGAAGAAAAAGACUGGUGAACAUUUUGAUCAAACUUCAGAUCUGCACGAGUAUGGAUGUGCGGCUCGAAUCGUUCGUCUAGAAAGCACAAGUACAGGUUUCAUGGCGGUUGUAGAGGGGAUUGCUCGAAUUCGUAUCGAAAGAUAUAUUUUCGAGAGACCUUAUCUUGAAGCCGAGGUGACCGCUUUUCUUGAACCAGCUAUUCCGAAAGAUGACCAAGAAUUGCAAGAACUUGCAGGUUCUUUAAAGUCGACAGGUCGCGAACUCCUGGCGGUGCUAAAAGAUUUAAAAGUUCCUUUACCAGUACUUGUACAACUUCAAAAGUUUAUUGACAAUGCACCCGCCGGUUCGCUAGCGGAUUUAUUGGUUAAUACGAUUGAGUUGACUUAUGAAGAAAAAUUGAUGCUAAAAAUAUCCCAAAAAACCCAUUCCGCUGUUGAAGGAAAAAAAUAUCUGGGAUUUUAUUUGCGAAACCAACUUAAUUCUAUAAAGGACGAGUUGAGUGAUCGUGAUGACUCGUCCAUAGAUGAUGACGAUGUAACUGAUUUAAUUAAGCGAUUACAGGCAUCUGGAUUAACGGCGGAAGCUGAAAAAGUUGUUCAACGAGAAUUGAAGCGCCUCAAACGCAUGCAUCCGACUCAAGCAGAAUAUCAAAUUGUUCGCACUUACCUUGAAACACUUUCAGAAAUUCCAUGGAGUAAGUGUACCACCGAUGUUUUGGAAAUUAAUAAAGCACGACAACAACUUGAAGAUGAUCAUUAUGGUCUCACAACGGUGAAGAAACGCGUAUUAGAAUAUUUAGCGGUGCUGAAAUUAAAGGAUGACAUUAGAGGUCCGAUAUUAUGUUUACAAGGUCCUCCUGGAGUUGGAAAGACUUCAUUAGGUAAAAGUAUCGCCAGUGCUCUUGGAAGAAAAUUUCAUAGAAUCUCCUUAGGUGGAGUCAGGGACGAGGCUGAAAUUCGAGGACACCGUCGUACAUACAUUGGGGCGAUGCCGGGAUUGAUAGCACAGGGACUUAGGCGUGUUGGAGUCAAAAAUCCAGUAUUUUUGCUUGACGAAAUUGAUAAAGUUGGUCAUUUGAGCAACCAUGGAGAUCCAUCUGCUGCUCUACUUGAAGUUCUUGAUCCAGAACAAAACAAUACAUUUAACGAUCACUAUCUUAAUGUUCCUCUUGAUCUAUCUAAAGUAUUAUUUAUUGCAACCGCCAAUCAAAUCGACUCCAUACCUCUGCCCUUGCUUGAUCGCAUGGAGAUAAUCUCAAUUCCAGGGUAUACUUUUGAUGAAAAAAUUCAUAUUGCGAAACGACAUCUGUUACCAAAGCAAAUAGUAUCUCAUGGUUUAUCUCCUAAUGAUAUUAAAAUUUCUGACGGUGUGCUGCUCAAAAUCGCUGUUGGCUAUACUCGUGAAGCUGGCGUUAGAAACCUGGAAAGAGAGAUUGCCAGUGUAUGUAGGGCAAAGGCUGUAAAAUAUGCUGAUGUUAAAGAUAAUGGCGAAACCCAUGCAUAUAAUCCUGAAGUCACUGCAGAAGAUGUGGAAUCAAUUCUUGGGGUGGAAAAGUUUGAUAUUGAAGUAGCUGAACGUGCCGCGAAGCCUGGAGUUGUCACAGGUUUGACAUGGACAGCGUAUGGUUCUGGUGGUAUUUUAUUCAUUGAAGCAACACAGAUGCCUGGUAAAGGCAAUAUUCAGUUGACAGGCAAACUCGGUGAUGUUAUUAAAGAAUCCGCUCAAAUUGCGCUUUCUUGGGUACGGGCCCAUUCUUUUCAAUUGGGAAUAACAACCGCUGCUAAUGAAUCGAGUUUCUUUUUUGAACGCGAUAUUCAUAUACAUUUUCCUGCUGGAGCGGUCGGUAAGGACGGGCCAUCUGCUGGAAUUGCUCUGACAACAGCGCUUGUGUCCUUGUUUACUCACAGAUAUGUUCCUCCUACAACUGCAAUGACUGGUGAAACUACACUGCGCGGCCUUGUGCUUCCUGUCGGAGGGAUCAAAGAAAAGAUUAUUGCCGCACAUCGUGCGGGUAUUAAAAAAGUUAUUUUGCCUUCACGAAAUCGUAAAGACGUGGAAGGAGAUGUACCCGAAAACGUAAAGGAAGGAAUCGUGUUCGUUUAUGCUAACAAUAUUUAUGAUGUUCUUCAGGCUGCAUUUGAUGGGGAGAAAAUUUGGACCGAAAAUCCACCUAUUGUAGAAGUUGAGAGCCGCCUUUGA